AUGGAGCCUUCGACGACAUCAUCAUCUACUUCCUCACCUGCAAAGCGACGCGCGCUCGCUCCAUUGGAUGCCAACGCGCUUGGUACACCGAAGAACUUGUUUAAGCCUACAUUGGGUCACAGUCCUGUCAAGAUGGCUAUUGAGGGCAGAAAAAGGCUGCUCGAUAUCGAGGGUAGCGCGCCGGCAGCCAAGAAGGCGUGUCUGGGACGUGAUGAGGACGCGUCUGAGAGAAGUGCCAGUCCUGACGUGAGCUCCGUCUUCGACACGUCUGCCAACGACGCAUCAUGGGCCACCACCACAGACGACCAUGAUACAGCUACUGCAGCUCCCACAACGACAGAACAAACCACACCUCAACGUACAACACUAACACGCCAGCAAAUAAGACAAAGAGCAGAAACCCUUCGUCUUCGCCUAUCGCUCGCCAACUACAAAGUCCGCACAGGCCAAACGACCGUGCCCCUCUCCGAACUCCAACAACGACCGAUGCCCCGCGAAUCCCCGCGUGUCGUCCGCGUGCAGAGUCCCGAAGAAACCCCUGCUAUGCCUGACACCCAAGAGGAAGUGGAAGCAGUCGAGACAAGAAGUCGGCGAGACUCGAUAGACUCUCAGCAGACGGAGAUCAUGCCUUCAGAGGAUGAGGACCAAUUUAAUUAA